AAUAGAAUAUUUUGGAAAAUAUUCGGUAUUUUUCCAUAAAGAAUCGUACGAUAAUUUCCGAAACAAAUGGUCAUGUUACAGUGAAAACAUUAUUAUAGCCAACGAUAACUACCAUGGAUGAUGAUUACGACAUAUACGGCGAUCUGGACGGAUUAGAAGUAGAGGCACAGAAGGAAAAUAAAGUCAUCAAGGAGCUGAAAACGGAAAUUGAAGACCUGAAAGCUAAGAUUGUCGAGAAAGAAUCCGAAAAGCAGUUGAUAGCGAGCAAGAAUGAAAUUUUGCUGGAAAACAUUUCCUCGCUGCUGCUCACGGCAAAGGCUGAGCUGAAGCGGAAGGAUUCAAUGAUAGCAGACAUAAGACGCCAGAUGGAUAAUGCUGCAUUCAGGAGAGAUAGGAGGACUGUGUGGAAGCACGAUAAAAGCACGCAGACGACGAUGAUCCGGAUAUUGAGCCAAGAAGCACAGAUGGAUAGCGUGGGAACGAUGACGGAGCCGAGGUGGGCUCAUGAGAGGAGAAAAGAGCUAAGUCGUUCCAGAGAGGUUCGAAGGGAACGAGAAAAGUCACCCGAAAGAAAAAAAUCAACUAAACCCGCGGAUCUACGAGAUCGAAUACGGGAGAAAUUGUUAAAGGAUAAAACGGCAGUAGGUAGCGCGUCCGAAAAGCGAAAAGAUGAAAUACAACGGUGGGAUAGAAGCCGAGAACGGCUUCGCGAUCGAAAUAGAGAACGGGAGCGGGAAAAAGAACGAAGGGCACGGCAUCGGGAGACAGUGCGGUCCCCGGUGGUCUCGCCGGUACGUUUUUCACAUCCAUUGCGGGUAUCGAGGCUAGGACACGGCAAGGCCGCUUCGGGUUCCGAUGCGAAGCUGUCGCAAACGUUCAUUCCGAUGAACCGGAAGGAGUUGGAUCAGUUUGUUAAGGAAAUUGCACGGAAUGAAAAUCGAUCGCCGGAUGAGUGCUGCUCUGGGAGUGAUAGGAAAAAGAAGGACACGCUGGACACAUCCAAUUCGGAGUUGUGGGAUGCCGGGCUACCGCAAAAGAAGAAGGAGAAACCGGUUGCGGUAAAGGUGGAGGAAAAAAUCAUUCAGUCGGAUGAAAUCGGAACGACUCUGUCGCCAGGUAAUGUGGAAGAUGUGGAGCAAAAGAUGCGGGUAUUACACGGAGAGCCUACGCCACCGGCUCAAAGGACUCUGGAGUACCCGCAGGUUUCGACUGAUUUGCUGGAAGACUUGAACAAAAGUUGCGGACAAAUGAUCAUUCUACAGCCACCGACGAUGGUGAUUCCUCCAUUGGAACCGUCCAUCAUCGAACAAGUGCCAGAAAUGCCCUUCGAAGAUGACCCUAGACUAAACGACAGCCGAGAGUUGAGAAUCGUGGAAUCGGAAGAAACGGUUGCAGAGCAGAAGUUCGCCGCAAAGACUGUGAUUGCCAAAUGGCAGGAGGUGGAAGAGAAGGAUAAACUGGAAGAUGGCGAAAUUCCUUCUUCGGACGGUGAUUCAGCGAAUGAGGAUAAUUAUCAUGAUAGGUCUCCCCCGAUCGUAUCAGAUAGUAAGGAACGUAAGCGUAGGGAACCGACAAAACAGAAGAGCAAGAGGGAAGCAAGUAGUUUGGAUAGGUUGCAAGAAUCCGUUGUGCGGAAGCACACUCGGAAGGAUCGAAAGACGAAAUGUUCUAAAAAGGAUGCGGAGAGAAAAUCCAAGACGAAUCGAGGUGCUACGUUAGAUACAUCCACACCAACCCGAACUAUUCGGUGUAAAUCGGAAAGAGAAAAACCCACCGCCGUUGUUGAGAAACCGGUACCUAAGACAAGACUAUCAGAACCGGUCAAGGCAUCGGCGGAGGAGCCUCAUGGCAGAUCGAAAAAGGAAACGCUGAAGAAGCUCUUCGGUUCGGAUGAUGAGAAUUCGCUUUGCGAACCACCGACAACAGGCAAGCGGAAACUCUCCGUGAAUCUGGAAGAAUCUAAAGAUAGCAAGAAGCAGAGGGUUCGCUCUAAAGAAAACCGCACUAAGGAUACAAGUAGGGUCGAAAUUAAAUGUUUUAAAUCGAGUGAAUUAGCGCCUUGUGAGGUUGUUCGGGAACAGCCAAUAACUCCACCACCGGAUGUUUUUAACAAGGACCUGGUGCUAAAAGAGGUCACUCCGGAGAAAGCUCCAAAUAAUACUCCUCCUUAUGAAGAGCCAGCAAUAAUGGACGCUUAUGUGGUGGAGGUGACCACCGCGAAUCUAGAUCAGCCCCUUGGAGAAGCUUCCCCCGAGGAAGCUCCUGAAACUUUUCCGCGGCAAGCGUAUGUUGAAACUUUUGAAAAAAAUCAGCUUUCAAUAAAUGCUUCUGUUGAAGAUACUUCUUCCUCGAAUGCGUUCCUACCGGAACAACCCUCAGUGGAGAUUCCUCCUGAUGAUACUUCUCAUCAGGAUGCUUCUAUGGAAGAGAUCUCUGUGAAUCUUCCCCAACAGGAUCAGCCUCCACCGACUGCUACUUCAGACGAAGUUCUUGUGGAAAUUCAACAACAAGAUCAACCAACGCAGGAAGUGUCCGUUGAAACCUCUCAAAACGACCACAUACCAAUGGAUGUUUCUGUUGAGAAAACUUCUUCCUUGAAUGGUUUCCUAUCGGAACAACCAUCAGUGGACGUUCCUCCGCAAGAAGAUAAUGUUGCUUAUAUCGAAGAGAUUCCUGCGAAUCCAUCCCAAGAGCAACAACCUCCAACGGAUGCUUCUCCAGAGGAAGAUCUUAUGGAAACUAAACAAGAUCAACCAACAGCGGAAGUUUUCGUUGAAACUUCCCAAAACGACCAACUACCAGUAGAUGCACCCCUAACAAGAACUCCUGCAAAAGCCUGGCAGCACAUAAACCAACACAGAAACCCGGAAGUCAUUAUAUAUUCUAACAAGUACAGCGAAUAUCGUGUAGAGGACAAUAGCGAAAACGAAACCACCAUCUACGUAACGCGAAAAAAGAAGAAAAAGAGCAAAUCCAGUCGUGCAAACCUGAACACCAGCGUAAAAGCACAGUAGACUAAGCCAAAUCAGUUUCAUGGUUACGUUUUGUAAUAUAUUAAACAUAAUUCAUACGAAUAUAUCCAUUUGAAAACGCCAAUCGCAA